AUGUCUUCUUUAACGCAAGGCCUCGUCCCACGACCAGGACUUGACCUCGGGGACACAUAUGGAGUACUUUUUAUUGGGGCUAUCCUUUCAGCACUUCUAUUCGGUCUAACCAACGUUCAAGCUUUUAUCUACUUUCAGACGCAUACGAGCGGAAGGGUAACAUUCUUUAAGCUGGUCGUGAUCUGGCUUUGGACACUUGAUGCUCUGCACCUGGCGUUCAGCGUCCAUUACGUCUAUUAUUAUUUGGUCAUCGACUACGCGAAUGUCAUUGCGCUCACAGAAAUUGUAUGGAGUUUCAAACUUCAGGCACUAUUAAACGUUUUCAUCGUUUCUGGGAUACAUCUUUUGUAUUCCCAUCGCAUAUGGACAAGUAUGUCUUCCUCUAUCAAUGGAUUUGCUAUGACGCAUAUGAUGAACCUAGUUAGCAAAGACCGAGCAAGACCCUUCCUCAUGAUAGUGGGCAUUGCCAGUGUCGCAGGGUUAGGCGUUGGCAUAGCCACUGUUUUUAUAGUAUAUCAGUACUCUUCCUUCGUGGAUUUGGCUGAAACGAAGUGGUUAAUAUUCAUGGCUCUUGGCACGGCUGCUGCUCUCGAUGCGCUUAUCGCAUCCUCGCUGUGUUAUCUGCUCGCUACCUCCCGCCCUGGGUUCCGUAGAACUGAUUCCGUCAUAACAAAGUUCUCACAUUACGCCAUUGAUACUGGCUGUCUAACAUGUAUAUGUUCAUUGGCAGCUGUCGCUACGUAUACUUUCAUGCCGUACAGCUUCAUCUUCUUGUGUAUUGAAUUUAUAGUGGCUAAAUUAUAUGUCAACUCGUACAUCGCACUCCUGAACGCGCGAUACUACAUGCAGUCUAACGCAGAUACUAUCGAUUCUUCCGACUUCCAAAUCUGCCACGGCGAAUCCAUCGGCACGAGGCACACCGCGUCGCCAGACGAGAAACUCCUGGCAUAUCGGAAGAGUGUGGUUAGUAGACAUGUUGAAGGUGAAGUGGAGCAGGUACUUCCCACUCGACCUGUUCGGGCUGCAAGGUUACCCCGGCAGUCGAUUUUGGUGACGGUGGAGAGGGAAUCUUUUUUGGAUUAGUGGGAAUUGUGACAUUGUCUGUCCAUCUGGUUGCGAGAUAACAUUGAAAUUUGAGGUGUCGUGAUGAAUCCGCUUGCAACGCCUGAUACGUAACCAAUUGCAAGGAAGAGAUAACAUGGCUGCUUUCCAUUUUCCAUUUUCACGAACAACAAAUCCUCGUAGGAAGGAAUAUACAUAUAACACGGAAAGCUUGAAAGCAGGGUAGCACCAGCGUCCGCCCCAAUGAC